AUAUUUUCAUCGAAAUCUUUAGCUGGAAUCUUAUAUCUAAACAUUUGCAUAACAAAAAAAGACAAUUCUAUCAGUUGAUGAAAUUGCUCGAUUAUCAAUUUCCUUAUAUCAUCUGAAAUACUAUUAAAUAAUUUCAAUAUCGUUCUACAUGAUAUCAGCGUUUUUAGCUGUUGUGUAAUCUUGAGAUAAAAUUUGAUAGAUACUUCUUCAAUGAAUAGCAUACGCGUUAGGUGUGCUUGUGUACAUAAUUACACACUUGCGUUUAUACAAAUGCAAAUUGUGACAGUGUGGAUGUGAUGGAAAAGAAGAUUCGCGUCAAACUUUUUUGAUUAAUUGAUAUCACUAUGAUGGAGAGUACGAGCGAUAAGUUUUUCUAUGUAUACAGUUCUUCAUUAGAUACCAGGAUACAAGUUAAGAUAGGUACCCUAGAAGGCAAGAGACAGAGACCUGAAUAUGAUGAGUUACUUCUCGAUCCUCUGCUCAAGUACUCAGGUUUAUAUGAGACAGGUGGGAUUCGUGGUGAUUUAGCUGCGUCUCUGCAAGUAUGGGCUGGUGGUAGACCAUUGGCUCUGCCUGUACAUACAGCUUACAAGCACUUUACCUCUCGUUGGAACUGGAACCAGUGGGUCUAUCUACCAAUCUCCUAUAUGGAUCUGCCACGUGACGCACAAUUAUGUAUAACCCUGUACGAUUGCGCAGGACCUGGUAGACAACUUCCAGUAGGUGGCACAACUAUAUCACUGUUUGGCAAACAUGGAGUGUAUCGACAGGGUAUGUUGGAUCUUAGAGUAUGGCCUGGGGUAGAAGCUGAUGGUGGUGUUUUAACCACUACACCAGGAAAAGCCAGAGAUCAUGGGAAAGAACAAAUGCAGAGACUUGCAAAACUUGUUAAGAAACACAGAAAUGGACAAAUAAACAAAAUUGAUUGGCUAGAUAGAUUAACUUUCAGAGAAAUCGAGUUAAUCAAUGAAAGGGAGAAGAGAGCAUCAGAGUACUUGUAUUUGAUGAUAGAAUUUCCAGAAGUUAUAAUGGAUGGUGUACCGUAUUCAAUUGUGUAUUAUGAGAAAGAUGGUGAUGAAGUUUUCCAACAUAGAUUGCAACCAGAUGUUGUAACACUUCCUGAUUAUGAGAUCUUACAAGAAAAUCUUGUAGAGGCAAAACAUCAUAAAUUAGCCCGUAGUUUACGUAGUGGCGGUAACACUCGUGAAUUAAAACCUACCUCGACUGUGCGGGACGCCUUAAAUACUAUAUUGGGGUAUCCAUCGACAACUGCGCUUUCUACUGAGGAACAGGAUUUGAUUUGGAAAUACAGAUUUUAUUUGUCUAGCCAGAAAAAAGCAUUGACCAAGUUCGUAAAAUGCGUUAAUUGGAAAGUCGCUGGUGAAGAACGUCAAGCCUUGGAGAUGUUAGCGUUAUGGGCACCACCAGAUUCUGAGGACGCCUUGGAGCUAUUAGGACCUGCAUUUACUCAUCCGGCUAUUAGGAGAUACGCGAUUAGCAGGCUCAAUCAAGCUCCAGAUGAUGAUUUAAUGUUGUACUUGCUGCAAUUGGUGCAAGCGUUGAAAUAUGAAGAUUUUGAAAGUAUUAAGACUGCUUAUCAAGUAAUGUUGAAGGAGAAAGAAGAAAGACUGGAGUCAAAGAGUUGGAAUACCGAAAAAUUGGAAAAAAGCGAAAGAUUGGAGAAGAUGGAAAAAAUGGAAAAAACUGACAAAUUAGAUAAAGACAUAAGAAAUAGUGAUUCUACAUCUACACCAAUUACGACUUCUAGUGAAUCGGAGAGUCAAUUAUCGACGAGCCAAGAACCGCUUAUGGAUUUAGCAUCAUUUUUAAUAACACGUGCUUGUCAAAAUUCAAUGUUAGCUAAUUAUUUUUAUUGGUAUCUUUCUAUCGAGUGCGAGGAUCAAAUUGAUCCCGCGAUAAGCGCCAAACAAGAUACGCGAGUAAGAGAAAUGUACGUAACUGUAAUGAAAAUGUUUUCCAUGAUGUUGGCACAAGGGAAUACCGUUUGGCAGAAAAGAAGAGCAUUUCUUUUACGACAAAAGGUGUUUAUCGAUCAAUUGGUAUCGCUGGUAAAAGCUGUUGCGCGAGAAAGCGGAAAUCGUAAGAAAAAGACUGAUAGAUUGAGAGCAUUACUGACGGAUCCAGAUCCAGCAUUCAAGAUUAAUUUUUCGAAUUUUGAGCCAAUACCUUUUCCAUUGGAUCCCGAGAUUUGUAUUAAAGGAAUCAUUCCAGAAAAGGCAAGUCUUUUUAAAUCUGCGCUCAUGCCAUCAAAACUUACAUUCUUAACAACAGAUAAUACUGAAUAUAUAGCUAUCUUUAAACAUGGAGAUGAUUUACGACAAGAUCAAUUAAUUUUACAAACAAUAGCACUUAUGGAUAAAUUAUUAAGAAGGGAAAAUUUAGAUUUAAAAUUAACUCCAUAUAGGGUUCUCGCAACAAGUACUAAACAUGGUUUUGUACAAUUUAUCGAAUCCACAACGGUUGCAGAGGUUUUAGCUAACGAGGGAUCAAUAUUGAAUUUCUUUCGAAAACAUCAUCCUUCUGAAACUGGACCUUACGGAGUAGUGCCUGAAGUUAUGGACACUUAUGUUCGCAGUUGCGCUGGCUAUUGUAUAAUUACAUAUGUACUAGGCGUCGGCGAUCGUCAUUUGGAUAAUUUACUUCUCACAGCAUCAGGCACGCUCUUUCACAUUGACUUCGGUUAUAUAUUGGGUAGAGAUCCGAAACCUUUACCACCUCCAAUGAAACUCAGCAAAGAGAUGGUCGAAGCUAUGGGUGGCGUCGGUUCUGAACAUUAUCACGAAUUUCGGAAACAAUGUUACACGGCGUUCCUUCAUUUACGUAGGCACGCCAAUUUGAUAUUGAAUCUAUUUUCAUUGAUGGUGGAUGCUAGUGUUCCCGAUAUCGCUUUGGAACCGGACAAAGCCGUAAAGAAAGUCCAGGAUAAAUUACGAUUGGAUUUGACUGAUGAAGAAGCUGUACAUUAUGUGCAUAAUCUUCUGGAUCUAUCUGUCACCGCCGUAAUGGCUGUGCUAGUGGAGCAACUCCAUAAAUUCGCACAAUAUUGGAGAAAGUAAUGAGACGAAACAUACACCAAUGUACAGCGUAAUCAUACAAAUUGUAUUUCUUUCCAUAAAAACAUUAGAAUUAUUGUUUUAUAUUGUAUAUAAAACGACCACGAGAUAUGUUUAUAACAUAUUAAUAUAAUUUAUUGUAUUUUGAGCGUAUUUAGGCAAUAAAUAUUUGAUAAGAAUCACUUUUAUUACCUGAUACUAUUUCAGCCGAGUGAUAUAUUGAUA